AUGAUACUUUUUAGGAUAAGCAUUAACCCACUUACUAGGGCGGUUGUCUUUGGUUUGAUAUUGAGCGUGUUUUUCGUAUUCACUUGCUCUUCAUCUUCAUCCAAACCCAGUUCUAAACCAACAACACCCCCUGGUAUGGCUAAUCACCAAGGCAAUGAUAACUCUGGUUCAGGAGGUCCAAACACGAGGUGGGGCCAUGAAGCUGCCCCGGAUGGCAGCUGGGAGUACAGCUGGAGAACUAGUUCAGUCCCUGGAGGCUCUAGCUUUGCUUAUGGCUCAGCUUCGGCAAGAUCGUCUGGUAGUGGUGGUGGUAGUAGUAGUGGGUUUGGGUUUAGUUCGGGUUCUGGAGGAGCGGGUGCUGGUUCAGGUUCUGGAGGAGCGGGUGCUGGUUCAGGUUCAGGUUCUAGAGGGGUGGGUGCUGGUUCAGGUCAAGGUCGAGCUCGAGAUCGAGAUCUCCUGCAGAAUCAGCAUAUGUUUGGGCAACCUCAUAUGCAUAUGCCACCCUAUGGGGCUGGGUUUUAUUAUGAUAUGCCAUUUCCUGCUUUUCCUAUGGGGCCAAUGUUCGGACCAUAUGGCACGGAUGAUAAUGGUGGACGUGGUAGAGGGGGUGGUAGUGCUGGGGCUAGUCGCUAG